AUGGCCUUUAUGGGGCAUAAAGGAGAGGAAAUUACUCUUGAAUCAAAUGAGAAACCUGAAGAAGCGUCCAAGCUUGCAUCUGCUGUUGAGGACAAAGAAGGAGUUGAGACAGAUAGCUCAGCUAAUUCUGCUCUUCAACAAACCUCAGCCGCCGAAGAAGCAAAUGAAGAAACAAUGACAGUUGAUAUGCAUGCAGACCCUACGAGGGGAACAAUAAAUGCCAUUGAAGAGGGAACAAAUACCAUUGCUGCAGACUAUAGUAAAGCCGAAGCUGAUUCUCAGCUGGUGACUCUCGAGUUAUCUGAACCCAAUAUUGACCACGUUGAGGAGUCAGAUUCCUCAGAUCAUCUCCAACAGAUGGAGAGCUCAGAAGCAGGAUCUUUUGAAAAUUCGGAGACAAUGGAUGCCAAGUCAACAAAUUUUAUAGGUCAAGCUGAGGGCAAUGCCCCUGUGCCUGAAUUGCAUGGUGUUAUGAAUUUGCGGGAGAGCAUAGAUGAGCCGGAGAUACAAGAAGAAGAGAUUGCCGAGAAAGUUUCUGCAAUUCAGACCGAGGAUGAAUCAACUGAUAACCAAGCUGAAGCUGGGACAAUCCCCCCUAUUUCAAAUUCUACUAUAUCUGAUGAGACUGGAAGUGCUGAGCAACAUUCUGAAAACCAUUCUUCGGAUGUACAGAAUCAAGAUGAGGCUUCAGAGAUGGUUUCUGUGUCAGUUACACAUGAAAAAGAUGUAAUUGCUAAAGCUGUUGAAGUGUACGAACAAGCAAGUGAUCUUGAUACUAACAUAAAAGAACAUCGUCUGAGUUCAGGAAGCAACUCACCCAACAUUGCGGAUUCUGUAUCUGAACUAGAGAAUGUGAAGAGAGAGGUGAAAAUGAUGGAAACUGCACUUCAAGGAGCUGCUAGACAAGCUCAGGCAAAAGCUGAUGAAAUUGCGAAGUUAAUGAAUGAAAACGAGCAGCUAAAAGCUGUUAUUGAGGAUCUGAAGAGAAAAUCCAAUGAAGCCGAAAUCGAGUCUCUCCGAGAGGAGUACCACCAAAGGGUUGCAGCUCUUGAGAGAAAGGUUUAUGCUCUCACUAAGGAAAGGGAUACAUUACGUAGAGAACAGAGUAAGAAAAGUGAUGCCGCUGCUCUUCUGAAGGAAAAAGAUGAAAUAAUCAAUCAGGUUAUGGCUGAAGGUGAAGAGCUUUCAAAAAAGCAAGCUGCUCAAGAAUCUCAGAUUAGGAAAUUAAGGGCACAGAUUAGAGAGUUUGAAGAGGAAAAGAAAGGAUUAACUACCAAGCUACAGGUUGAAGAGAAUAAAGUAGACAGUAUAAAGAGGGAUAAGGCCUCAACUGAGAAGUUGCUGCAAGAAACAAUAGAGAAACACCAAGCUGAACUUGCAAGUCAAAAAGAAUAUUACACGAAUGCUUUGAAUGCAGCAAAGGAAGCCGAAGCAUUAGCGGAGGCUCGGGCCAAUAAUGAAGCCAGAACUGAAUUAGAGUGUCGUCUAAGAGAGGCUGAGGAACGUGAAACUAUGCUAGUUCAGACGCUUGAAGAAUUACGGCAAACUCUGAGCAGAAAGGAGCAGCAGGUUCCUGUUUGUAACAUUGAGAUUGCAGCUUCUGCCUUUAUAUCUGCCGUACUCUAUAUAAUCUUCUUCAUGUUUCAGGCAGUUUUGAGGGAAGAUAUGCUGUGCAGAGACAUUGAGGAUCUUCAAAAACGAUAUCAAGCAAGUGAGCGCCGAUGUGAGGAAUUGAUAACACAGGUUCCUGAAUCUACUAGGCCUCUUUUGAGGCAGAUUGAAGCUAUGCAGGAAACAACUGCCAGAAGAGCCGAAGCUUGGGCUGCUGUGGAGAGGUCACUAAACACACGGCUUCAGGAAGCAGAGUCCAAAGCUGCAGCUGCAGAGGAAAAAGAGCGAUCCAUAAAUGAACGCUUGUCUCAAACGUUAUCUCGAACAAAUGUUCUUGAAGCUCAGAUUUCAUGUCUUAGAGCUGAGCAGACUCAGCUGACUAGGUCCCUUGAAAAGGAGAGACAGAAAGCUGCAGAAAAUAGGCAGGAGUACCUUGCAUUAAAGGAAGAAUCUGACACUUAUGAAGCUCGUGUAAACCAGCUUGAAGAAGAGCUAAGGGAACUCAGGAGGAAACACAAGCAAGUGUUACAAGAAGCAUUGACGCACCAAGAACUUCUGCGACAGGAGGUAGAACGAGAGAAAGCUGCUCGUUUGGAACUGGAAAGGACUGCUCGCCUUCAAUCUUCUGCUGUAGCUGAUCAAAGUCCAAUAUCAAAGAAGUCUGCUGUUGAGAAUGGAUACUUGACUCGCAGACUUUCAAGUGCUGGCAGCUUGAGCAGUAUGGAGGAAAGUGAUUUUCUGCAGGCAUCUUUAGACUCAUCUGAUAGUUUCUCUCGACGGAGAAAUCCAGGAGAGACAACAAUACCACCAUAUUAUAUGAAGAGCAUGACCCCAAGUGCUUUUGAAGCUACCCUUCGUCAAAGGGAGGGGGAACUGGCAUCUUACAUGUCUCGAUUGGCAUCUAUGGAAUCUAUUCGUGACUCUCUUGCUGAGGAGUUGGUUAAAAUGACUGCGCAGUGUGAGAAGUUACAAGCAGAGGCCGCCAUGCUGCCUGGUAUACGGGCAGAACUAGAUGCACUCAGGCGAAGGCACUCAGCAGCACUAGAGUUAAUGGGGGAACGUGACGAAGAGCUGGAAGAACUUCGUGCUGAUAUUAUGGACUUGAAGGAGAUGUAUAGAGAACAAGUAAACUUGCUUGUAAAUAAGGAAAAUCAAACCUUGCUAGAAGUCCUCACUCUUUUUGGUGGAUUAACCAAUGGCGUGUCUUUGACUCACGCUUGCUCAGUAGAUGGGUAUAGUUUUGAACUUGGCCUUGAGAGGCUAGCUAGAUUCAGAACCAGCGUGGUUCAAAAGUUCCGUCCCCAGUUAUGUAGACUGGGUCAUGACAAAGACCUUUUUACUACUUGCCUAUUCAACCAUUUCGACUUCUCUGUACACUGCCUGCUUGUUUCCUCUCUGCGGGCGUGUGUGAAAUGAUAAGAAGCCGCAUUCUUUGCCUUUUGUCUGCGUACCUAACUUUUAAAAGUUGGUAAACCGCUUACAUUUGAGUCCUAGAAUAGCAAGAUGUAUCAUCUGCUUACUACUGUCGGGAAAGUCAACACAACAUUCUGAUUAGGAAGAUAUUCUGUCCUAGUUUUGAGUCCUUAUCAACUCUAGAGUUCAAAAUAAGUGAUGACAAGCGUUCAUUCGUUU